AUCUCUAAUAAACAUGUCAUCUCUAAUAAAUAAAAUUCGUAUCGAGCUGUUCUUGUCUUCGUUUCUUUUUGAUCGCUGUUCGCUGUGUUCCGUUAUGCGAGUUUAACGGAUUUUGCUCUGUUCUACAUAGCCUCGGUUCGACGAUGCGUUAGAGUGAGACAAAUGCUUGUCCUGUGGUGAGUUCGGACCAGCAUGUAUCAAGCGAGAUAGAGCGAUGUUGAAAUGUACACGGGUCACUUAUGUUUGAAAACUCUGAGAAAGCGGACGCGUGAAUAUGUCGCAACCGAGGAAGUGUACGACUCGCGGGCGGAGCGCGGCAACAGAGGACCCCGAAACAGUUAACUUCCCGACAUCAGAAGUGGGAUCGCCUCAGCCCCAAGCCAUCACUGAUGAUCGCCUGUCCACAAUUUUAGAAAUGCAGCAUCGUAAUUUAUUGGAAAUUGUAAAUGCCGUGAGGGGCUCGCAGACUACACAAGUAGUUGUACUACCCAAGUUCAACCCUGAGUCCGCCGGUUCAAGUGCAGCCACUUGGUGCUCUACAGUGGACCUUAUUGUAGGAGAAAAUCCUCUGGAUGGCAGUGCUUUGCUCAUGGCCUUAACCAAAUCAUUGGAGGGCAGUGCUUCUAAUUGGCUAUCACAAAUUUGUUUCGCCGGAAUGACUUGGAGCCAAUUCCAAGAAAUGUUCCUUCAGCAGUAUGAAGGCAAUGAGACGCCAGCAGCAACAGUCUUUAAUGUAUUAAACGGGCGGCCAAACGACGGCGAAUGUCUUGCGCUGUAUGGUAGCCGAUUAAUAACAACACUUAUGGCAAAAUGGAAGUCUAUGACCGCAGAAGAAAUUGCAGUGUCUGUUGCCCUGGCACAUGCUGCAAAUAUAGAUGGUAGGCUGCAACGCACUGUGUUCACAACUACUGUCAAAACACGCAACGAGUUGCAGAACGAGCUAAGAGCGUUUUCGUAUGGCAAGAGGAAGGACCAUCCCGUUCCAGAAAAUUCUACCAGCAAAAGAGCUCGCCUACACCCAAAUGUUAAGUGCCACUUUUGUGGAAAAAUUGGCCACAAGAUAGCUGACUGCCGCUCCAUGAAAAACAACUUAAAGAAUCAACAAGGAUCUAGUUCGAGUAUUGGGCGCUUAUCUGACUCUAAACCUGGGUCAAUUACUUGCUAUAGAUGUGGAAACCAGGGGCAUAUAGCGUCAGCUUGCCCUGCAAGACAAUCGUUGUCAAACCAAACUAAAGCCGGCGAGAAGCGUGUCAACGUGUGUCACGUAGUUGAGCCAAUUGGGACAUUGAUAUCAUCUGAUUAAGCUUGUUUAAUUUCAAAACUUAUAUUACACACGAGGACGUGUGCUGGUCAGGAAGGCCGUGUCGC